AUGGCGGACUUCCAGUAUGGCGGCUCCGAGGAAGAAAACGCGGAGUUGAGAAAGCUCGAGACUGAGCUGGUCGAUGACCCGGACAACUUUGAAACCUGGGAGAAACUGGCCCGCGCAGCCGAGACCCUUGAAGGCGGGAUUAAUCGCAACUCCAACCCCCAGGCCAUCACCACCGUGCGCGCCGUUUACGACCGCUUCCUCGCCAAGUUCCCUCUUCUCUUUGGCUACUGGAAGAAGUAUGCGGACCUGGAGUUCUCGAUUACCGGCACCGAAGCCGCAGAAAUGGUCUACGAGCGAGGCAUCGCCAGUAUCUCGCCAUCCGUUGACCUGUGGACCAACUUUUGCUCCUUCAAGGCUGAGACCUCUCACGAUGCCGAUGUGAUUCGAGAGUUGUUCGAACGAGGUGCUAGCAGUGUUGGUCUCGACUUCCUCGCGCACCCUUUCUGGGAUAAGUACAUCGAGUUCGAAGAACGCAUCGAGGCUCAUGAUAAGAUCUUCGGAAUCCUUGCUCGGGUCAUUCACAUCCCUAUGCAUCAGUAUGCACGCUACUUUGAGCGGUAUCGUCAGCUGGCCCAGACACGUCCCCUGGCUGAGCUUGCGCCGACAGAGAUUCUUGGCCGCUUCCGUGCCGAGCUAGAGUCCGCCUCUUCCGAUGUUCCCCCAGGAGCCAAGGCCGAGGCUGAGAUUGAACGAGAUCUCCGAUUGCGCGUCGAUAGCUACCAUCUUGAAGUAUUCACCAACACGCAGACGGAAACCACCAAGCGCUGGACCUUCGAAUCGGAAAUUAAACGUCCAUACUUCCAUGUCACUGAACUUGAUGAGGGCCAAUUGACCAACUGGAAGAACUACCUCGACUUUGAGGAAAUUGAAGGUGCCUAUGAUCGGAUUCAGUUCCUCUAUGAGCGAGCGCUGGUGACUUGUGCACAUUAUGAUGAGUUCUGGCUUCGCUACGCUCGCUGGAUGGCAGCCCAAUCGGGCAAGGAAGAGGAGGUUCGCAUCAUCUACCAGCGUGCCGCAUAUCUGUAUGCUCCCAUUGCCAACCCCACCGUUCGUUUGCACUAUGCCUACUUUGAGGAGAUGUCCGGCCGUGUGGACGUUGCCAAGGAUAUCCACAGCGCCAUUUUGAUUUCGCUGCCCAACCAUGUUGCGACCAUUACUUCACUUGCAAACCUUUGCCGUCGUCACGGAGGUCUCGAGGCGGCAAUUGAAGUCUACAAGACGCAGUUGGAUUCGCCAGAGUGUGAGAUGGCUACCAAGGCCGCUCUUGUUGCCGAAUGGGCCCGUCUCUUGUGGAAGAUCAAGGGCGUUCCGGACGAUGCUCGCAUGGUCUUCCACGAAAACCAGCAGUACUACCUUGACAGUCGGCCUUUCUGGGGCAGCUACCUCAUGUUCGAAAUUGAGCAGCCCACGAGCGCAGCCACUGAAUCAAUUCAGUACGAACGCAUCAAGCAGGUCAUUUCCGACGUUCGAUCCAAGAGCACCCUCUCCGUUGAAGCUGUCAAGGAUCUCGUACAGGUCUACAUGUCUUACCUCCUCGAGCGGGGCACUAAGGACACAGCAAAAGAGUACAUGACCCUGGACCGAGAAGUUCACGGGCCCGCAUCGGUUGCCUUUGCACGCACUGGAGGCACUGCGGCUGCUCCUCUUGCUCCUGCGGAGGGUCACCCCGCCUCAAUCCCCUUGAUGCCCACUCCGAAUGAUCCAACUGCAGAGCAAUAUGCUUACUAUCAGCAAGCUGCUGUGAACGGUACCGCAGGUGCCUGA